AUGUAUGUAGUUACACAUAAUGUGAUAUUCUUUUUAGAAGACGAGAUUGAUGACAGUUUGUCUUCAGAUGAAGACGAGAAUGAUGUUGAAGGUGUUGCUUCAAAUCCAGCAGCUGUGCCGUAUCCGAAAGACAGUGAGUGGACUGCAGUUGACACCUACCGACCUCUGCCUGUCAACACGACACCCAGGCAGAUACUAGUGGAUAUUGAUGAGUCGAGUUCUGUACUGGAUUGCAGUAAAGUGUUCCUUACUGACAGUGACGUAAAUGAACUCAAGAGACAGACAAAUUUGUAUGCAUCACAGACAAUACAGAAGAAAAGAAGAGGAAAUAAUCUGAAGCCCCAUUCAGUUUUGAGUUCGUGGAAGCCAGUGACUAUAAGUGAGAUGAGGCGUUUCUUGGGUAUUAUUUUCCACAUGUGUGUUUCGAAAAAGCCAAAAAUUGCGGACCAUUGGAGCACUAAUCCUGUUCUUAGUUGUAACUUUUGUCCCCAUGUCAUGAGCCGUUUGCGUUUCACUCAGAUACUGUCAUGCUUGCAUCUUGUUGACAAUUCAAAUCAGAAAAAACCAGGCGAAGAUGGAUUUCAUCCACUUUACAAAGUUUUGCCAUAUUAUAAUAAUUUGAAGGAGCGAUGUAUCCAGGCAUAUCGUCCCUCAGAAAAAGUGACAAUUGAUGAAGGAAUUUGCCCAUUUCGAGGUCGUGUGAGUUUCCGUGUUUACAUGCAAAAUAAGCCUCAUAAGUAUGGACUGAAAGUAUAUGCUGUUGCUGAAGCCAGUAGUGGCUAUGUUGUAAAUUUUGAAGUUUAUGCUGGUAAGCAUAUUGUUGACAAUUCUUCGUCUGCGGUUAUUUUGCGAUUGUUGUCUGACAGCAGCUUGCUGAACAAAGGCCACACUGUGUAUUUAGAUCGAUUUUAUUCCAGUCCAGAGCUAUUUCAGCAACUGGCAAAGAGAAAGGCACUGGAGCUGUUGGUACUGUGA